AGAAACAGCGGCCCCCCCAUUACAUUUUGUUCCUCUGUUGUCUGUCUGGCAUGUGUCCGUUUUUCUGCCAAAUCAGCGGAGUGGGUUCUCGCCAAAAUUGAAACUUUGUAGAGCCCCCUUUCUUAUCCGGACGCUUGCGCAUUUUAAAGCCGUGACGUUAAUCAGUAAGCCAAGUUGACUCUGUCCGGAUGAGAGGAUUAAUCCACACAAAGUAAACGAAAGUGAAAACCGUGAAGGUUUUGGGCUCCGGUUGAGACAGUGAACAUGGGAAAGAAAAGGGGGAAGGACAAGAGCUCCAGAGAGGACGAUGACAUUGAACUGACAGGUCCAUCCUGCAGGCAUAUUAAGAAGGGGACAGACCAAACUCUUCUAAAGAAACUCUCUGGGAAUUCUGAUUGGACGAGUUGCCAGGAUUGUAAGCAUGAAGAAAAUAAAGAAAAUAUCAGCUCCACCGCACCCCAGGACUCUGAAGAGGAAAAAGAAGCCGCACCCGUAUGGAUGUGCUUAAAAUGUGGCCAUAGAGGAUGUGGACGGAACUCUGAGAACCAGCAUGCCAUCAAACAUUCUGAGACUCCUCGGUCGGAUCCACAUUGCCUGGUGAUCAGUCUGGACAACUGGAGUGUGUGGUGUUACAUAUGUGAUGAUGAAGUCCAGUACUCAAGAACCGGACAUUUGGCUCAGCUGGUGACCAACCUACAAAAGCAAACCUCUGCAGAUCCCUUAAAGAGACCGCAGAAAAGAGUGAAGGAGGAAGACAGCUUGUUGGAUGUUGAUCAGAAGACAGACACUGUAAAAGCAGAUAAAAGUGAAGACAUGGAAAACAAAGAAAACAAGGACCGCCAAAAGAAAAAUGCCAAGAAAGAGGGUGUUGGGAAAUCGCAAAAGUCUGGCACAUCGGAAGACAGUGGUGGUGUUUCAGUAAAGGGGCUGAGCAACCUGGGAAACACAUGUUUCUUUAAUGCAGUCAUUCAGAAUCUCUCUCAGACACAGCUCUUAAGACAGACUCUCAACAAAGUGACCCGAGAGAAAAUGAGUCUUAACAUUAAACCUGUUGCCUCAUCAGAUCUGGAGCCUAUCCUAAUGCAGUUAGACCAGCCUGGAUCACUUACUUUGUCUAUGUGUCAACUACUCAAUGAGAUCCAGGAAACCAAGAAGGGUGUGGUAACACCGCGGGAGUUGUUCACACAAGUUUGUAAAAAGGCUGCCAGGUUCAAAGGAUUUCAGCAGCAAGAUAGCCAGGAGCUGCUGCGCUACCUUCUGGAUGGGAUGCGAGCAGAGGAGAUCAAAAGAGUAAGCUCAGGGAUCAUGGAGGCAUUGAAAGAAUCUAGAAAAAUCACAGAUGGAGAGCAGCUGAAAACAUUAGUUAAAGAGUAUGAGAAAAAUGGUUUUCCAAAAAACUUUGUCGACCAAGUUUUUGGUGGGGAAACGACCAGCACUAUAAUGUGUCAGCAGUGCAAAACGGUGUCUGUAGUCACAGAGAUGUUUUUGGAUCUUUCCCUUCCUGUUUCGGACGAGGCAUUCAGAAAGAAGAACCAGAAAUUGAAAAAUGGCUCCAUGUUGAAUCAUUGUGCAGAACAAAUGAAAUUGGUUGUAUUGUUUCCUUAUCUUGGCUUACAGCAUCAAAAGAGGCAACAGAAGAUUGAGGGCAGAGUCACUUUGGACAGUCUCUCAUCUCCGAGCCACACGGAGAGCAAACCGACUGAUCCUACUGCAGAUGCAAAAGACGGGGAACAUUCUGACAAUGACACGCAUGAAGAAGCCUCACUGAGUGAAGGAAAUCCUGCACAAGUCUGCGUGUCUGAACAAGACCAGAAGCCCAGUGACGUGGUCCAGGAUGAGAAGGAAAACGAAGAGGACGAGGAUUCAGUGAUCGACUGCGACUCCUCACCUACGUCAUCAGUCAACAACCGCUUUACCGUCUUAUCAGAGGAGCAGCACUCAAAGGAGAGCGUCUGCGACGAUGACAUGGAUCAGGAAGGAGAAGAGGACACGCGGCUGGUGAGUGAAAUGGAGAAAGUAACCCUGGAUGAUGCCUUCAUAGAAGAGCCUGAUGCUGUGGAACAAAGCAUGGAGAUUGAAGAUGAGCCACUGGAAGCUAAAGAGUACACUGUAGUAAGUCAGGACCCGGAGCUGGCCUUCCAAACACUGGCUACCAGGACAGCCCCUGACAAACAGGAGUGUUCAGUCCAGUCAUGCCUUUUUCAGUUCACAGAAGUGGAAACCCUCACACAGAACAACAGCCUGCUAUGUGUCACUUGCACUAAACGGCAGCCAAACAAAGACCGAGCUGGAGGAUCCAAGAAGAAUGAAUACACUGAUGCCUUGAAGCAAAUGUUGAUCUCUUCUCCCCCACCAGUGCUUACCCUUCAUUUGAAGAGAUUCCAACAGAAUGGAUACAGCAUUUGUAAGGUGAACAGACAUGUCCAAUUCCCCCUGAUACUGGAUCUAGCUCCUUUUUGUGCUGUUAAAUGUGAGAACUUGACGGAGGGAGAUACUCAGAUUUUGUACAGUUUGUAUGGUAUCGUAGAGCACAGCGGAACAAUGAGGUCAGGCCAUUAUACGGCGUAUGUGAAAGCACGACCAGAGUGCCCUAAACCCUCAUCCAACGGAUUCGCAGCUGAAGGACAUGCAGAGCCACCCAGAGGAUCGUGGUUCCAUAUCAGCGACACAAGCGUUCAGCCCGUGAGCGAGAGUAAAGUCCAGAGUUGCCAAGCCUACCUCCUCUUCUAUGAAAGAAUUAUUUAAUCCAACUGUGCCUCACUACUCAGGAAAUCCCAACAACCUACCUGCUGCUUCAGCUCCACAAUAUAAAGGAUCUAAAACGGUUAACCAACCAGUUUUGACUCAAACCUGGGCUGUGAUGAAAUGUUAUUGAUUAUGCAGAAGGGACAUUUGACAGUGUUGACAUUUUCAUCACAGUGGUUUCACAAGGUGUUUUUAAGAAUUACACAGGACCAGCUGUAUGUUUCUCACACUCACGGGAAUAUGGCAAGGUGUGCCAUGAGAAGUCGAGAUGGACAUUGAACAGAUUGUGGUAUAGAGUGCUGCAGAAAUGAGUCCCGAAACCCGGAUAUGAGUUAGGAUUUUUGCACUUCCGGUUCCUUCGUCUCAAAGUCGAUCGUAACAGGCUUAAGAGAUUUCUGCUUUUUGUUCUACAACAUAAAAUCCGUCGGUAAAUACUCCUCAUGAGAAUUUUGAAGCUUUUACGAGUCUUAAAAAAGGAGGUUGCUAACUGACACGGCAGAGGUUGUCAAACGUCAUCACGCCGAACACACAAAAUCAGUCGGCGAUGUAGUUCGUUUACAGCCUAAUGUUAGCUUUUUACUUCCAGGGAUUGCAUUUGUACUUAAAAAAAAAAUCAUAAAUGUUGUCUUAAUUUGUGAUUAUUAUCUUGCUGAACACAUUGUGUAUACAUCAAACACUUUUGUUUGCCACAGAUCUUAUUUUCCGCAAUAAUCCAAAAUCAAAAGGAAAAAUCCUGUUGGCUUUUUGUCGAGGGAACCAGGGCUGGCCUACAAAAAUACUUCCCUGCCGCGCGCCAUUAAACAGGACCUGUAUGUCAUAUCAUGGGGUAUAUACAUGGCAAGGUGUGCAAAGGAACUCAAGAUGGACUUGGACAGAUUGUGAUAUUGGAUUUGUACACAUGACAAAAAUCAAUUUCCAGAGAUAAAUUAAAGUUGGAGGAGAAAUAAUUUGUAAAACA